AUGAACAUUAGGAAUUUCAGAGAUAUACAGUCUGCUAAGGGCUUCAACUGUUCUGAGCCAAACUCAGAGUCUCUCCUGAGUGCCCUCCAGGAGAACGUGUUGAACCGGAGUGUCAUCCGGCCUGUCCGAGACCCAUCACAGCCCGUCAUCAUACAGUUCUCCUUCAUACUCUACGGCAUCAUGGGAGUGAGGUUUCCAAAUGAGUUUGCACAAUGGGAUCCAGAGGAGUGUGGCACAAAUAGAAUCUCCCUCCCCCGAAAGAACUUGUGGUACCCUGAUCUUCUCAUCAAUGAAGCCAUGGAAGCAAACACAGGACCAGAAACCUACUUUGUGUACCUACAUAGCGAUGGGACUGUAGACGACUGGCUUCCGGUGAGAGUAGUCAGCUCCUGCAACAUGGAUAUCUAUACGUUCCCUUUCGACACUCAGAACUGCUCCUACGCCUUCAAUUCCUACUUACACAAUGCGGAUCACGUUCAGUUGGUUCUUGAAGUGCCCAUUGAGACGAUCAUAGACUGGACAAACUAUUACAUGUCAAGGAAGGGAGAAUGGGUAGUCCAGGACAUCACCGCAUACGAAGACAACAAAAACGGCUCCAAUGAAUGGAAUCUAUUAUGACUGCUUUUCUUCUAGUUGAUCCUGAAAAGGCACCCCACCCUGUACGUGGUGAACCUGCUGGUACCAAGCUGCUUCCUCAUCAGUUUGGACCUCUUCAGCUUCGCCCUGCCCCCUCAGAACGUGGACCGGUCGGCCUUCAAGAUGACCCUCAUUUUGGGCUACACCGUCUUCCUGCUCCUCAUGAAUGACCUGCUGCCUGUCACUGGAAACACCAUACCACUUCUAAAUGUGUUCUUCUCCAUCUGUCUGGCUCUGAUGGUGGCCAGUCUUCUGGAGACCAUCAUCAUCACCAACGUCCUGCACAACUCCCAUAACUACCCUGACGUGCCACGCUGGCUUAGGUUCCUCGCCAUAGACCUCCUGGCCCGCCUGGUUUGUCUGAGCAGGAAGACACCAGACGACAAGGACACUCAGUCAAAAAAAUCAGUUGAGGCUCCUCCCCAACGUCCCAAUGUGACUGAGCCUGAGCUGGUCCAUCAGGAGCCCUUUGGGAGUCUGCAGAGGGAGCUUAGAGCCAUCCGGCAGCACAUGGAGAAGAGUGCGGCCACCCAGCAGGUGUCAGAGGACUGGAUCCACAUCGCACAGGUGGUGGACCGCUUCCUGUUCUUCAUCUACCUCAUCUUCAUCUCCACCAGCUUCAUCACCAUAUUGGUCAUGUGGACCAAUUAG